CCUGGGGAUGCUAGAGCUGGGCUAGAGCCGUCGCGGGCGGGUGGCCGGCCGGGGAGCGAGCAUCAGCAUGGCCGAGCGAUACGACGUGAUCGUCGUUGGGGGCGGCAUCUCAGGCCUCUCAGCAGCCAAACUCCUGACUGAGGCAGGCUUGAAUGUGGUGCUGCUAGAAGCCAAUGACAGGGUUGGUGGAAGAACGUUCACUGUAAGGAAUAAACAAGUUAAAUAUGUGGACCUUGGAGGAGCUUAUGUGGGGCCAACACAAAAUCGUAUCCUGCGGUUAUCUAAAGAGUUAGGAAUAGAGACGUAUAAAGUGAAUGAAGUGGAGCACCUGAUACAUCAUGUCAAGGGUAAGUCUUAUCCCUUUAAAGGUCCAUUCCCUCCUAUGUGGAAUCCUUUGGCCUACCUGGACUACAACAACUUAUGGAGGACCAUGGAUGAAAUGGGAAAGGAGAUUCCUAAUGAAGCCCCAUGGAAGGCUCCACAUGCUGAGGAGUGGGACAAAAUGACUAUGCAAGAUUUUAUAGAUAAAAUCUGCUGGACAAAGGCUGCCAAGAGUUUUGCAACUCUGUUUGUGAAUGUGGAUGUCACUUCAGAACCCCAUGAGGUCUCUGCCCUUUGGUUUUUGUGGUAUGUGAAGCAGUGUGGAGGGACAACCAGGAUAUUCUCAACGACCAAUGGAGGACAGGAGAGGAAAUUCAUUGGGGGCUCUGGCCAGAUCAGUGAGAAAAUAAUGGAGCGCCUGGGAGGCCGAGUGAAGCUGAGGAAGCCAGUCAUCCGCAUUGACCAGUCAGGUCAAAGUGUCAUAGUGGAAACCUUAGAUCAUGAACUAUAUGAGGGUAAAUAUGUGAUCAGUGCCAUUCCUCCUGCUCUUCUUUUGAAGAUUCAUUUCAACCCACCUUUGCCACCAAUGAGAAACCAGCUCAUCAAUCGAAUCCCCAUGGGCUCAGUCAUCAAGUGCAUUGUGUACUAUAAGGAAAUUUUCUGGAGGAACAAGGGAUAUUGCGGUACCAUGAUCAUCGAAGAUGAGGAUGCUGCAAUUGGUUUAACACUUGAUGAUACUAAGCCUGAUGGCAGCUUUCCUGCCAUUAUAGGCUUCAUUCUUGCUCGGAAGUGUAGAAGACUGACAGGUCUCACGAAAGAAGAAAGGAAAACAAGGCUGUGCGAGCUUUAUGCGAAGGUUCUGGGAUCAGAAGAAGCUUUACAUCCAGUGCAUUAUGAAGAGAAGAACUGGUGUGAAGAGCAAUAUUCUGGGGGCUGCUACACAGCCUACUUCCCACCUGGCAUAAUGACUCAGUAUGGAAGGAUUAUUCGGCAGCCCAUUGGCAGGAUCUAUUUUGCUGGCACAGAGACAGCCACAGAGUGGAGUGGAUACAUGGAGGGGGCUGUACAGGCUGGAGAAAGAGCAGCCAGAGAGAUACUGUUUGCUAUGAGGAAAAUCCCAGACAGUGAAAUUUGGAAGCCAGAACCUGAAUCAAUUGACGUUCCAGCUUUGCCCAUCACUACAACCUUCUGGGAGAGGAACUUGCCAUCUGUGCCAGGACUGCUAAAGCUGAUUGCAUUUUCCACUUUCUUCACAUCUGUGGCUGCAGCUGGGCUAUUUGCCUACAGAAAGGGGCUUCUAGUUCGAAACUGAAAGCUGUGUCUUGCUGCCAUUCUGCUGUGGAGUUUACCAUCACUAUGGGAUUGAAAAGAUGGAAUAGCUGCUGUUUUCUUGCCCUUUGCCACGUAAAAGGAAUAUGUGGCACUCCGUGUAUGUGGAUGCCACUGUGAUGACAAAGCUGACAAACGAAGGUAGAGAAUCAAGUUGCUCCCCCAUGGGAAGAGGGAACAUUCAGCACUGGGCUACAUUUUUCAAACUCCUUUGCGUCGACCCUUCAAAAAGAAGAAUGAAGUCUGGUUUAAUGGGUAACCAGUUGUGCUGUAUUCUUAAUUUAUUAUCAUGUUUGAUGAGAAAUUUGCUAUUGUGAACGUUCCAGCAGUUUACUGGCUUCAUAAAAUGUGUUAUAGGAACAACCAUGGAAUUAAUUGGUUUUGUCUCUUACGAACUGAUUUGUGUUAUCAUGCAUAUUUUGUAAGGCUCCUAAGAGUUUUCAGGA